CUGGCGAGCUGUCGCGACGUGUCGGGUCGUUCGUAUGUAGCGUGCUGCGUGCAGCAGGCAGCGCCAGCGUGUCCUUGUGUUUCUCAGUCACAUCAGGCGGCAGCGUCCGGCUGCGAAAGCAGAGCCAUGCGCUGGUUCGGCGAAAGGAGCAAGUCGGUGGACGAAGGCGGCGGCGCGGCGGGCACCGGAGACGGCAUCUUCAGCAAACUGCACCUGCCGGUGUCGGGGUGCUGGCCGCCGCUGCCGUCCGCUGUGAAGCUGGACUCGCUGCUGACCUGCCCCUCCCUCAACCUCAACGUCAGCAUGCCCUCCUCGCUCAGGACACGCAAGGGGUGGUGCGGCUGUCUGCAGGAUGCCGAGCCGCCAGAGAUCACAUACUGCGUGGUGGAGCAGGCAGGCACGCUGUCGCUCACUCCAACCCAGCCCAUGCCUGCCCCAGAGGAGCUGAACGCCAAGUUUGCAGAGCUCGUGGAGGAGCUCGACCUGACGGCACCGAACAAGGCGGCGAUGCUGAGUUUGCCUCCGGAGAAGAAGUGGCAGAUAUACUGUAGCAAGAAGAAGGACCAGGAGGGAGAAACGGAUCUGUCUCACUUGCCGGAGCACUACAUAGAGCGCGUCAAGGCUCUCGCCAUGCUUCAAUUUCCAACAGUGGACGCAGACGAUGAGGUGCGGUCCCGCACGCGGCAGCUGGAUGCACUGAAGACAGCGCUGCGCACCCAGCCGCACAGCUUUGUACUGCGCUUUGUGGAACUGGAUGGUCUGCCCGCACUGCUCUCCUUCCUGGGGGGCAUGGACUACCAGACAGCACAGAGUUCUGUCCACACCUCACUCAUCGGCUGUGUCAAGGCGCUCAUGAACAAUUCGAACGGUAGAGCGCACGUACUGGCACAUCCCACAGCUAUUGACACGAUAGCGCAGAGCCUGAGCACAGAGAAUGUCAAGACAAAGAUUGCCGUGUUGGAGAUCCUUGGUGCUGUGUGCCUGGUGCCUGGUGGGCACCGCAAGGUGCUGCAGGCGAUGCUCCACUAUCAAGCGUAUGCAGCCGAGCGCACACGCUUCCAGGGCAUAGUGAAUGACUUGGACAGGAGCACAGGCAUAUACCGUGAUGAAGUGAACUUGAAGACAGCCAUAAUGUCAUUUGUGAAUGCCGUCCUCAACUACGGACCCGGCCAGGAAAACCUCGAGUUCCGUUUGCACCUGCGCUACGAGUUCCUCAUGCUCGGCAUCCAGCCAGUCAUUGACAAGCUCAGGGGCCACGAGAAUGAGACACUGGAUAGGCAUCUGGACUUCUUUGAGAUGGUUCGAAAUGAAGAUGAGAAAGAGUUGGCCAGGAAAUUUGAAAAGGAGCACAUAGACACAAAGAGUGCGACAGCAAUGUUUGACCUGCUACGUCGCAAGCUGAGCCACACGGCAGCUUAUCCCCACCUCCUGUCAUUGCUCCAUCACUGCAUUCUACUGCCAUUGGACUAUGGUUCCCAUCCACAACACUGGCUGCUGUUUGAUCGGAUAGUGCAGCAGCUGGUCCUCCAAGGGGAAAACAGCAACAACCCUGAUGUGGCUCCUCUCCAUAUCAACGUCAAAGAGCUGGUGCACUUGCUCGCAAAGGAAGAAGAGUUGGUGGCUGCAAGGAACAGAGCAGAUGAACUGGAGAAGGAAAAUGCAGAUCUCGCCUCACGGUUGGCUAAGAAGGAGCAGGAACUGGAUCUCCGACUGCAAGAAAAGGAAGACAUGGAGACAAACUUACAAAGAGUCAAGGAGAGGCUCGAGAAGGAGACGGCAGCCCACCUAGAGAUGAAGCAGCGCUGCUUGGAGCUGGAAGAUCGUGCCUGUGAGCUGGACCGACAGGUGGCCUCAGAGAGGGGGGAGAGGCAUCGCCUGGAACGGCUUGUCAGCUCAGGGUCGCUGCCAGAUGACGCCAAGGUGGUCGGGCUGCGCUCGGGACUCGGGGAUGGCUACGACAACCGACUCGCCCCGACGACGCCCCCUGAUGGCAGUGGCAGCCCUGCACCCCCACCGCCACCCCCACCUCCGUUGUCUGACACCCCAGAGCAGACACAGUGUCUCUCCUCCUCAGUUCCUCCCCCACCACCCCCUCAGGCUCCCCCAACUGCACCUCCGCCCGUACCUGUACCCCCUCCCACACCUCGGCCAGAGAAGAAUGUGCCACAGCCUUCCAACCCACUUAAGUCGUUCAAUUGGUCCAAGCUGCCAGAUGCCAAAGUCACGGGCACUAUCUGGUCGGAACUGGAUGACAGCAAGCUGUACAUGGCAAUGGACCUCGAGAGCAUAGACAAGCUUUUCUGUGCCUAUCAGAAGAAUGGGAUUACAAAUGAAGGCUCUGUAGAAGAUCUAUCAAAGCUGGGCAAGAACCGCACAAAAGUCAUCUCAGUAAUAGAUGGUAGACGUGCCCAGAAUUGCACCAUCUUACUGUCCAAGCUUAAAAUGUCAGACGAAGAAAUUUCUAGAGCCAUACUAAGCAUGGACAGCAGGGACCAGCUCCCAAUCGAUAUGGUGGAGCAGCUGCUCAAGUUCACGCCAUCAGCAGAAGAGGCUGCUCUGCUGGAAGAGCACGCAGAGGAGAUUGACAGCCUGGCACGAGCUGACCGCUUCCUGUACGAAAUAUCAAAGAUUGGCCACUACGAGCAGCGGCUAAGGAGCCUGCACUACAAGAAGCGCUUCACAACAUCGGUGUGCGAGCUGGAACCACGUGUGAGGGCAGUGCUGGAGGCCUCGCGGGAGGUAGCACGGUCGCGGCGCCUGCGGCGUCUGCUGGAAGUGGUGCUGGCAUUGGGCAACUACAUGAACCGCGGUGCACGUGGCAAUGCCCGUGGCUUCCGCCUGGCCUCCCUGAACAGGCUGGCCGACACACGGUCCAGUGCAGCUCGCGGCACUACCUUGCUGCACUACCUCGUGGAGGUGCUCGACAAGAAGUUCAAAGACAUUCUGAAACUGGAUGAAGACCUCCCUCAUGUAAGGGAAGCUGCAAAAGUGAGUAUGGGGGAACUCGAGAAGGACAUGUCGGCGCUGAGGGGAGGCCUGAAGGAGGUGGAGCGGGAGAUCGAGUUUCACCGAUCGCAGGCAUCUGUGGUGCCAGGAGACCGCUUCCUGCCCAUCAUGAGGGAGUUCCUGUCCUCUGCCACCUGCCGCUUCUCGGAACUCGAGGACCUCUUCCAGGAUAUGAAGACACGGUUUGAUCGGGCUGUCCGGCUAUUUGGAGAAGAUAAUGCUGCAUCAGUACAGCCAGACGAGUUCUUUGGUAUCUUUGAUGCCUUCCUGAAUGCAUUCAAUGAAGCUCAUCAGGACAAUGAGAAUCUCCGAAGACGGAGGGAGGAAGAAGAAAGGAGAGCAAUACAGGAAGCAGAAUUGAAAAAGCGCACAAUAGAACGCAAGAGCUCUCGGGAAAGCAUCCUAGCUCGAGUAGGUUCUUCACUCCGUAACGGCCUGAACAACGGCACUGUGCCCGGCCCUGAUGGCCGGAUUGCCAUAGGUCUGCGGCGCCGUGAGAGUGAUUCAGCAGCCAAGGGGGAGUUUGACGAUCUGAUAUCGGCCCUACGGACUGGAGAUGUCUUUAGUGACGAUGUUGCCAAAUUUAAGCGCAGCCGCAAGGCUCGAAUGAACGGAUCGCCUCCCGGAUCGUCUGUGGACGGUGGUCGAGAGAGAGUUGUGACUGCUGUAGGUGGCAACACGCGCCUUGGCCAGUAGGACCUACACGGCUGCCCUGUGAAGCGCAUACGGUCUCAGGAGAGGAAACAGGGAUCAACAUAAUCCAGCACAUGCCAUGGCAAUGGUUUUCCUGUCCAGAAUACUGUGGUGGAAAAUGGAUUGCUUCAUCAUACACUGUGUAAAGUCUGAAUUUUUAAACACAUCAUUUUUGAUUCCACAUUUUUUUUUUAUAGCCGACAACAAUUCAACUGAAACUGAAUGCUUUGCAUUAUAAUGUAAAGCUGGCCUAUCAUUUUGAAGAAUCAUACUAUAAUUUUUAAAUUCUGGAGCUGAAUCACAUGAAAAUGUUACCAAAUGUUCAGCUAACGACUCUUACUUCCUCGAUGCAUAACCAAAGAUGUGACUUAUUCGAAGUAGCUAGUUGUCCUUAUAUUAUAAUUAUGGAAACUGUAAUCCUAGUCUCCCUGAAUGUCUAGAUGCAAACAAAAUGUUGCUGCACUUUUGUGCAAUAAAGAAAUGAUGCUUUUUAGGUAGAGUGUGCGAAGAGUGUUAAAUUUCAGGCUUGUGGUAAGUUGUAAUAUUUUAUCACAAUGUCACGAAGCUUUGGAAUCUUUUACACUUUGGUACUGUACAUUUUAUACAAUAUUGAUUUUGGGGACCAGGAGAAAGUUUCACUGCAUUUUGUUUAGUUCGGGCCACUGCUGCGACCUGGCUGAAUGCCUUGCAUUGUCACACUGCCACUCGGGUCUCUCCAGCGCAGACUGACCCGUCUUUACCAACCAACUUCACUGAUCUUGUGGGAUUUCAAAGCAGAAACAGGGAAACAUUCAAAAUUUACAAGAGACUGUGUUUGUAGAAAUCAGUAUUUUUAAUCAUUUUCGUACAUACUUGUGAUGAAAUUUCCGUAUAUUUUGUAUGAAUAUAUAUUUCUCAAACUUUAAGACUGCCUUUAGUUUUAAGCCACUCUUGAAAGAAUUGUAUUGAAAUUCCAGCCUGUUGUCAAUCAAGGUAAAUUUAUACACUUGUUAGCAAAUCAGAUUAAUUUAUUGUUUCUAUAAAUAUGUAAUUUUGGUGUCUCAGCAGCUUCAUUAUUUUUACCAUAAUGAGAACUACAGAAAAUAAAAAAAAAAUAAAAAAUAAAGCAGAAACAGCUGACAUUACAGGGAAAACUGCUGAGUUGCUAAAAGGAGUGUUUAGAGAAACAAGUGCACAGAAUGUUGUUAGUAUCUUCACACUCUCUGUAUAAUAGUGUAAUUGUUUUGUAGAAGAAAUAUGUCUGUAUAUAUUGUUUACACAAAUGAAUUAUAAAUUACAGCUUACUUGAGCAUAAA